ACGCGGUUAUGGAGACUACGCCAGGCGUUGAGCCUCCCCCGUUGGAGGAGCGGCAGCAUCUACAGCAGGAACUGAGUGACUUCGUGGAGACCUGCUACAAGACACUAGAGGAGGUGACAUCUUCUAUAGGCUGGAGUCUCGACGAGCUGGAUCUCGGGGAAGGAGACCGCGAGGAGCUGGAGGAGAAUGAAACUGUGGUAUGCCCAUAUGAUUCAAAUCAUCACAUGCCAAAGUCAUCUUUGGUGAAGCACAUGGCAUCUUGUAGGCUCAGGAAACUGGAUUAUACAAAAGAAGAAGAGGCUGAAAUGUAUGAUUCUGCCUUUUUUUAUGGGAAUGCGAAGAUACCUGUAGUUCACCUUGAUAAGCAUUUACAGUUUCAGAUACUUAAACAAGCUAGGGCUUCAAGUGGAAGAGAUGGUGAUGUUUAUAGUCAAAGGAUUUAUUCUUCAGUACCUAUUGAAGUGCCUCAGAAUCACAAGCGUUUCAUCUGUGACCUGACCCAAGCAGAUCGUCAUGCCAUCUUUGAUUAUGUCCUUGAAGAGACAAAGAAACAACGGUCCAGGUCUCAAAUCACUGAAAAUGACAGUGACCUUUUUGUAGACUUGGCUGCUAAAGUCAAUCAAGAUGAUAGUCAAAAGGGUCCAAAAUCUCAUCUUGAAAUCCUGGCAGAAAUGAGAGAUUAUAAAAGACGACGUCAGUCCUAUAGAGCAAAGAAUGUUCAUAUAACCAAAAAGUCCUAUACUGAGGUCAUUAGAGAUGUGAUCAGUGUGCACAUGGCAGAACUCAGCAGCCAUUGGCAGGAGGAAGUGGAACAAACAGAGGACAAUGUUGAAAAUGAGGAAAGGCGAUCAGCUUCAGUAGAUUCACGACAGUCUCUGGAAAGCCAUAAGGAUGCCGAUCACUCAAGACAUAGAAGAGAUAGAAGUCGGAGCCCGCGUAAACGAAAAAGGAGUAAGGAGAAGGAGAGAGAGAGGGACUUAAGAAGAAAGAGAGAUAGGGAUGAAGAAAGGCAUCAUGGCCAUAAAAGAAGAAAAUAGCAAAGCAAGAGUAAGGGAGAUAAAUGGAAGUAUUUAUGCAUAAGUGUUUAUUAGUGAUGUUUAUAUAAUAUAAACUAAUGAAGAUAAUUCAACUAUCUUAGCUACUCAAGGGACCAAGGAAUAUAAUGUACUUAUUUUUACAUUGUAAUUUCAUUUUGCUGGGACUAUGUGUAAUUAAAGUAUCUCUGUUAUAUAUUUUUUCCCAAUAAACAUUCAUUAAUAUCAAA